UUGAACCGUAGCCAUGGAGUGGGAACAUCAUCAACUGUUGAUUUAUGCUGUACUUCUAUAUUUUUUUUUUUGAAACGAAGCUGUAUUUCUAUAUUGUUGCCCGUGUUUCGCGUGGUAGUUAACUAUAUCGAUAUCAAUGUUGGCGCAUUGAAAUCGGCUAAUAAUGAGUCACUCCCGAUCACGAUAAGAACGGGCAGACAGGUCCCUUCUUAAACCGGCCACACACGUCGAGUCUAGCGAACUCACUCACUCUUCUCGGUGAGCCGCGAAUCGAUCGAUCGGUCACUACUCACAAGCAAAGGAACCAAGAUGUCCCCUAAUGAGGAGACUAGGAUCCUGGUGAUCGGCGGCACGGGCCGCCUGGGCAGGCACAUCGUGGCGGCGAGCGCGCGGCUGGGCCACCCCACCGCCGCGCUCGUCAGGGACACCGCCCCCUCCGACCCGGCCAAGGCGGCGCUGCUCCGGAGCUUCCGUGACGCCGGCGUGACGCUCGUCAAGGGCGACCUCUACGACCACACCAGCCUGGUGCGCCCCAUGAAGGCCGCCGACGUCGUCAUCUCCGCGCUCGGGACGCGGCAGAUCGCCGACCAGACCCGGCUCAUCGCCGCCAUCAAGGACGCCGGCGGCGUCAAGAGGUUCUUGCCGUCGGAGUUCUGGACGGACGUGGACCACACCGCCGCCGUGGAGCCGGCGAGGUCCACCGUCUACGCCAGCAAGGCGUCCGUCCGGCGCGCCGUGGAGGCCGCGGGCGUCCCGCACACCUACGUGCUGUGCGGGUACCUCGCCGGCGCCGCGCUGCCCAGCGUCGGGCAGGUGCUGUCCCCGGCGCCCCCCGCCGACGAGGCCGUCGUCCUCGGCGGCGGCGACACCAAGGUGUCGUACGUGGCCGAGGAGGACGUCGGUGCCUACACGGUCCGGGCCGCCGCCGACCCCCGCGCGGCGGGCCGGAUGCUGUACGUCAAGCCGCCGGCCAACACGCUGUCGCACAACGAGCUGCUGUCGAUGUGGGAGAAGAAGACCGGCCGGACGUUCCUGCGGGUGUACGUCGCCGAGGACGCCGUCCUCAAGAUGAUCCGAGGGGGGAAAAAUGAUUCUGCAGAGGCUUCUCACGCGCUGGGCAUCGCGCUCUCGAUCGGGCACGCGGCGUACAUCCUGGGGGAGACAAACUUCAAGAUCGAGCCGUCGCUGGGGGCGGCCGCCGGCGAGCUCUACCCGGACGUCGAGUACACCACUGUCAGCGAGUACCUCGACAGGUUGCUGCCGACAGGCUCCUCUGGACGUUAUCUGCAGGGGCACAAGGGCGUGCUGACGUCGCUGGCGGCGCUUUGCUGCGUACUUCUAUGUAUCUUUGUGUGGAUGCUAUCUGAUAGAAUAUCCAGAUGAUGUUAGGCUUGUGGUUGCAAGUUCACCCUCCCCUGGAACUUCUAGCUGCUUCGCCCCAAACUUCCAUCCCUACUUAUUUCACCAGCAUUCCUCCAAGAUCUGUUUUCCUGUACAAGAGUGCAUCUAAGUUUAAAAAAAUGCUUUGGUGUGCAAACAAUGAUUAUAGAUGAUAAGCAAAAGCAAGGAUUUUGUACAAGCA